AUGGCGGUGUCCAGUCGCCGCUACCUCCGUGUAGCCCUCAUCUGUCUGGUGUGCCGCGUGCCACGACCGGCUCAGGCGGAGCGGCCAACGCUGACUCCGAGCACGCUGUUCGAAGACAUCAACCGACAGGUCCAGGUGCUGUCCUCCUCGUUGGAGCAGCUGGACACAGCGGUGCAAGAGGCCAGCACCAUCAACCACCCAACCCGUCUUCCACGAACCCUCCCACUACUGAACCACCCAACCCGUCUUCCACGAACCCUCCCACUACUGAACCACCCAACCCGUCUUCCACGAACCCUCCCACUACUGAACCACCCAACCCGUCUUCCACGAACCCUCCCACUACUGAACCACCCAACCCGUCUUCCACGAACCCUCCCACUACUGAACCACCCAACCCGUCUUCCACGAACCCUCCCACUACUGAACCACCCAACCCGUCUUCCACGAACCCUCCCACUAGAACCACCCAACCCGUCUUCCACGAACCCUACCACUACUGAACCACCCAACCCGUCUUCCACGAACCCUCCCACUACUGAACCACCCAACCCGUCUUCCACGAACCCUCCCACUACUGAACCACCCAACCCGUCUUCCACGAACCCUCCCACUACCGAACCACCCAACCCGUCUUCCACGAACCCUCCCACUACUGAACCACCCAACCCGUCUUCCACGAACCCUCCCACUACUGAACCACCCAACCCGUCUUCCACGAACCCUCCCACUACUGAACCACCCAACCCGUCUUCCACGAACCCUCCCACUACUGAACCACCCAACCCGUCUUCCACGAACCCUCCCACUACUGAACCACCCAACCCGUCUUCCACGAACCCUCCCACUACUGAACCACCCAAACCGUCUUCCACGAACCCUCCCACUACUGAAACACCCAACCCGUCUUCCACGAACCCUCCCACUACUGAACCACCCAACCCGUCUUCCACGAACCCUCCCACUACUGAACCACCCAACCCGUCUUCCACGAACCCUCCCACUACUGAACCACCCAACCCGUCUUCCACGAACCCUCCCACUACUGAACCACCCAACCCGUCUUCCACGAACCCUCCCACUACUGAACCACCCAGCCCGUCUUCCACGAACCCUCCCACUACUGAACCACCCAACCCGUCUUCCACGAACCCUCCCACUACUGAACCACCUAACCCGUCUUCCACGAACCCUCCCACUACUGAACCACCCAACCCGUCUUCCACGAACCCUCCCACUACUGAACCACCCAACCCGUCUUCCACGAACCCUCCCACUACUGAACCACCCAACCCGUCUUCCACGAACCCUCCCACUACUGAACCACCCAACCCGUCUUCCACGAACCCUCCCACUACUGAACCACCCAACCCGUCUUCCACGAUCCCUCCCACUACUGAACCACCCAACCCGUCUUCCACGAACCCUCCCACUACUGAACCACCCAACCCGUCUUCCACGAACCCUCCCACUACUGAACCACCCAACCCGUCUUCCACGAACCCUCCCACUACUGAACCACAGUCAGCUGCCAUGCAAGCUGCGCGAGUAUCUCAUAUGCAAAAUUUGCUGUAUCGGGUAGCGGAGUCCGACAACGACUGUCCGACACCAAACGAGGUGAAUGAGAUACUGAAAUGCCAGCCAGGCCCUGGAAAGGUUGCCCAUGAAGAGUUUACAGAGGAAACGCGGGAUGCGCUCGUUGACAGCACAACCAAAGUCAACAAUACAGUCGACUGUGUCAAAAACAAUCAGACUCAGUUUACGGAUGACCAGAAGAAUUCGGUACAGGUGUCUAUUAAGAACGCUGAGAAGUCCGUCGACAAGGCCGACGACAUUAUCGACAACAUCGUCAACCCGACGCCGACGCCGCUGCCCUCGCUGGCUCUCAGCUCUCCGUUUGUGAUCGCUCUCAUCACCCUCAGCUGUUUACUGGCCGUGGGCACACUGGUGGGAGUAGCACUGACGGUGCACCGUUCCGUGCGCACCCCGCCGCGUCGCCGGCGGCCCCGGCCGACCGUCACGGGCCGGGUGAACGCCGGCUACCGGCCGGCCGACACGGACACCACCGAGCUGGUGGAACGACCGGUCGGCCGGCGGCGCGCGCCCGCACCCGCACCCGUCCCCGAGCCUGAGGGCUACGACCGGCUGUACCAGGGAGCCAUCCCGCGGGCGCAUACAGUCGACCGCCGGGCAGCGAGCCGCAGCAGACGCCGCGACGGGAGUUCUAUAACGCCUACUGAUCAGCCCACUGACUGAGGAGCCAGGACUGCCACCAUUCAGCCGGUCCCGUCUGAGACCGGGUCAGCAGGUCCGAGAGCAGGUCAGCAGCAGGUCACCAGAGACUCGGUGAUGUCCAGUGAAAUGAAGUGACCGAACAGUGGCCCAGAGACGACCGUGCGGUGACCGUUCGGUAAUGUGAGAUGCUCGGGCUGCUAAUGAGCAGUCGGCUAGCCGUGACCACGCAGUGACCAGAAGGAAUCCAGCCAUGGUGCGCAGUGACCCACCUUCAGCCGCUCGGUGAUCGCAGUGACCGAUCGGUGAAUGGUGACCUCAGGUCAAAGAAUGAAGCCGACCGCAGCAAAAUAUCCACUGACGGAUGCAAGCCUCGCGAUAUUUCCAUGAUUUAUUUUUAGGUAACUACCACGCUUCAUGUUAUUGUGCUGGGUACCAUUGUGGGCUCGCACUGAACGUGCAAACACCGAUGAUAAGGAAGCGCUAGAGCAAGCAGUAAGCUUUAUUGUACAUACAUGUAAUGGUUGUAAAAGCUCGUGAAUUGUAACAAUGCUGUUAUACGCAAUAAAUGAUAAUAUGAUAA